GGGCAUGACAACGUGAGCGGUCGAGUGACCAUAUCUGCCCAUCAUGCCUGUGCUGCUCCUUCCCAGCACCCUCCCAAUUCAUCGCUUCGCACUUGAAUAGCUGGUCUAUCCGUUAUCUGCUUUAUUCUUCUCGGUUUGUGCGCUCAGACAGGAGAAUAUGCCUCGUUUGCGCAUCCUUGCUGGUCCUUCCAUCGAGGAAGUGGUGCCCGUCGUCGCGAACUCGGAUCUUCCGCUCGAUGUGAAGAGCGACGCGUUCGAGGGGAAGAUAUUGGUGUAUAUUAAAGGGUUUGCCGACGCGAAAGGGCAGGUUCGGGAUAGCCCGUAUUUCAAGAAGCGGCCGGACGUUACGUGGAGCUUCCAGGUGCAAGGCAGGUUCCUGCGCCCGUACAACGCAGAUGACAUUAUGUUUGGGAACGUGUUCGAGAGGCCGCUGCAGCUUCCAUGGGGCUUCAGCGCUGCUCUCAAGUUCAUGAAAUACGUCGACCCGACGCUCGACCAGGAUCUCGCAUCCUCGAGCAAACCAUGGGCACUCUCUCCGUUCGUUUCGACUAUGCCGUAUCUCGAACAUAGAAGGAUAGAAGUCAAAGAAGGAACGCCGCCUUUCCCACUGGAGCAUGUCGUGGGAAAUGACAUCUCUCAGCUUUCCUUUCAGGUUGAGUCAAAAGAUGGGAACAAGCGGCAGCAAGUUGCCAAGGACCGGCGGUCCUUCUUCAAGGAUGCUAUCAAACGCAAGGAGGUCAUCUUUGGUCCAGCCGAUCUCUUCAUGACGGACUUUUGCUAUGACUAUUUGCGUUUCAGCCCGGACGGCGUUGACCUUCGGCUUCCCGGAGGCAUCUCUAUAGACAUGAUGAAGUAUUGGGAUGGGCAGCCCGUGCGGUUUGUGUGCUGCGAGCGGGCGCGUAAAGGAGAGAACGCGGAGGGGGUGCCUUGGGGAAGGGUUCUCUGGUGCAUUGUCAUUGAGGCGGUCCAGGAAGAUGAAGAAGAGGACGAGGAUGCGGAUAUUGAAUGAUAUUUUGGACAUUCUGGGACGGACGAGCUGGCCCUGCGGACUUGCGCAUGGAUCUUCUGUAAUAAUUUGUGACACUAUAAGAGCAAGAUGUGUACGUAGACUUAAAAGCUUGCAUGGCCGGCACAACAUGCCUCUUCACAGCUCUUAGCAUGUAACCGAUCAUGCACAUGUAUGAAGCGAUCAGAUGCCCACAGAUCAAUUGCGGCUUUCUACUGCGCUG